GUGGAGCGCAGCUCCUGUGAGCGGUGUCAGAGGGAGCUGGGGAGUUUAGCCCGGGGUAAAGGAGGCUUUGGGGAGACCGUGUUGCUCUGCACAGCUCCCUGACAGGAGCCGGGCGGGGGUCGAGCUCCCAGGCAGCGGUGACGGGACAAGAACACACACACGGUGUUAAACUGCGCCAGGGGAGGGUCAGGUUGGACAUCGGGAAGAAUUUCUGUACAGAAGGUUGAUUAAACAAUGGAAUGGGCUGCCCGGGGAGAUGGUGGAGUUGCCGUCCCUGGAGGUGUGUAAGGAAAGCCUUUGCCACGGUCUGGUUGACAGGGUGGUGUUUGGUCAUGGGUUGGAUUCGAUGAUCUCAGAGCUCUUUUCCAACCGAAUUAAUUCAGUGAUUCUGAGCUGGCACCGCUGUCCUGCCUGCCUGGGGCUGUGAGGGACUUUGGUCUUGAGUAACUUCCUAUGCAGAUGGGAGCAGUGAUCUCUACUUGCAGAACUCAUUACUGAAGAUCUUCAUGUAACUGGCUGAAAAAUGUUUCUGCAAGAUGACAGCACCGACUCUAAGACUGUUGGAAUGGAGACUCUCUUCACUUUGACAUGAAGUGUGAAGUUUGUUAGUCACCACUUUUGUUUCUUUUUUACAGUUAUUGUGGAAGGUUCCAAAUGGUGUGGGUUUUUAUCAUGAACCGGAUGAGCUCCCAGAGCAGCUCAUCUGCCCAGCGCAGGCGAAUGGCUCUAGGAAUUGUCAUUCUCCUCCUGGUUGAUGUCAUCUGGGUGGCCUCUUCAGAGCUCACUUCUUAUGUUUUUACAAGGUACAACAAACCCUUUUUCAGUACAUUUGCAAAAACAUCCAUGUUUGUUCUGUACCUCCUGGGGUUUAUUGUUUGGAAGCCAUGGAGGCAACAGUGCACUCGUGGGUUUCGUGGAAGGCAUGCAGCUUUUUUUGCAGAUGCUGAAGGUUAUUUUGCUGCUUGUACAACAGAUACCACUGUGAACAGUUCUCUGAGUGAACCUUUAUAUGUUCCUGUAAAGUUCCAUGAUUUGCCAACUGAAAAAAAUGGCAGUAAUAGUAGUGAUGCAGAGAAAACCCCCAAGAAGCCUCGUGUGAGGUUCAGCAACAUCAUGGAGAUCCGGCAGCUGCCAUCGAGCCAUGCUUUGGAGGCAAAGCUGUCCCGCAUGUCCUACCCAACAGUGAAGGAGCAGGAAUCCAUCCUAAAAACUGUGGGAAAGCUCACUGCAAGCCAAGUAGCAAAAAUCAGCUUUUUCUUUUGCUUCGUGUGGUUCUUGGCAAAUUUCUCAUACCAAGAAGCUCUGUCAGAUACCCAAGUUGCCAUAGUUAAUAUCUUGUCAUCAACCUCUGGCCUUUUUACAUUAAUUUUAGCUGCAGUCUUUCCCAGCAACAGUGGAGAUCGGUUUACCCUGUCCAAAUUAUUGGCUGUUAUUUUAAGCAUUGGUGGUGUGGUACUUGUUAACCUUUCUGGAUCUGAAAAAUCUGCUGGAAAAGAUACAAUAGGUUCCAUUUGGUCUCUUGUAGGAGCAAUGCUCUAUGCUGUCUACAUAGUCAUGAUAAAAAGGAAAGUGGAUAGAGAAGAUAAACUUGACAUACCAAUGUUCUUUGGUUUUGUAGGACUGUUUAAUCUGUUGCUGCUGUGGCCAGGGUUCUUCCUGCUUCACUAUACUGGGUUUGAAGCAUUUGAGUUUCCCAAUAAACUGAUAUGGAUGUGCAUUGUCAUAAAUGGCCUUAUUGGAACAGUUUUGUCAGAGUUCCUCUGGCUGUGGGGCUGCUUUCUUACCUCAUCACUGAUAGGCACACUUGCCCUAAGCCUUACAAUACCUCUGUCCAUAAUAGCUGACAUGUGCAUGCAAAAGGUGCAGUUUUCCUGGUUAUUUUUUGCAGGAGCAGUACCUGUAUUUUUUUCAUUUUUCAUUGCAACUCUCUUGUGUCACUAUAACAACUGGGAUCCAGUGAUGGUGGGGAUCAGAAGAAUUUUUGCCUUUAUUUGUAGAAAACAUCGAAUUCAGAGAAUGCCAGAAGAAAGUGAGCAGUGUGAAAGCCUCAUCCCUAUGCAUAGUGUUUCACAGGAUGGAGAUGGCUGCUGUUCAUAGACAAAAGUUUAAAAAUGGAACGAUGCCCAGCAAAGAGACAAUCUUCUGGAAAAGUCCCUAAGGAAUCAUGUUUCAGUGCCUAUUCUGAAUUUGUAGUAAAAAUAGAAGUUUCAGUUCUUUUGAAACUCUAAACUUUUUCUCUUUCUUGCUUUCAUCUGAUUUUAUAAAUGAACAGAUCUACUACAUGCCUGUCACCGUGGGAGUCUUAGUCCAUCUGAGCAACCAACCUGCCUUAUGACACUUGAGCUGGUGACAUUACUUGACAAAAUCAAGAAAGCAAAUGCUGUUAAGUGAUUUCUUUCUUUUUUUAAGUCACAAUUUUGUUAAAUGCUGGACAAUAUUAUUUUUAAAAGAUACUUUAAAGUGAGUUCUGUAAAUAAGUUUGCAGGUCAUCAAGUCUUACAGGCUUUCAGAUGAAAAGCUAAAUAGAUAUGUUACCUGUAGUAGGUACAGAUUAAAUUUUUUAUGUUGUAUAAACUAUUUGCAUAUUAAUAGAUGAAAAUAGAAAAAUAAUUUAUUAAGUGCAUUCCUGUAAUUCCUGAGGCAGGAUCUUUGUAUGGUCCUGGAACACUACAUUUACAAUGUCUUAGGCCAUUUUGUGUAGCCUUGUCAUGGCAAUGGGUGCUGAUGUUUAAAAAUCAAAAAAACUGCCCAAUAAUCAGGAAUGCUUAAAAUUUCCGUGAGUGGUUAAAUAUUUCUAAUUACAAUACAUUUGAGUAUACAUUCUUAUACAUGGUUUAAAACAGACUGGUUCUGUAACCCAUUCUCAGUCUCAGUUGUCUCUCAGACUUGGAAAUUUUCAGGUGUAGCUGCCACACUGUGAAAGAGAUCAAAUUAAUUGUGAAAGUUUUCAAUCAGUGGGUCGGCACUACACUAAUCUGCUAAGCAAUAUGAAGAGGAAAGGUGUUUGCAUUGAUUUUUCUUUUCCCCCCAGCUGUACUAAUAAAUUUAUUCUAAAACUGAUAAUUAUCUUCCUUCCGCUAGAGUGUUUCAUCCUUUUGAAUCCAGAGAAGCUAUUUUAAUUAUAUUCAGGAAUAUUUGAAAUUAAUCAAUGCUAGUUUUCAGCUCCUGGCCUAUAAGACACUUAGAUCAAAGUUAAUUUUGGCUUUUGAUGGACUUGAGUUUUUUUAUAAUGAAUGUGAGAUGGAUUUUUUAGCCAGGAGUAUUUUCUUCCACAUAACAAGGUUAUUAAUAAUGUAAGGUAUUUCUACUGUCCCUCCACACAAAUACAGAAGGAUGACAUAGCAGAAAUGCCUUUUUGUGUUUUGGCACUCAGUAAUGAUCCUUCCAAAAGCAAUUUUGGUGUUUUGGUAAUAAAACUAUUAUUUAAGAGGUAAUGCAGGAAAGCAACAUGCUUAAGUUCUACAUUUAUAGAAGAAUUCGAGCCAGCAGCUGGAAUUUAAUAUAAGAAAUGUGUGUAGAGUAGGAAGACAAAAUGAACCUGGGGCUAUUCUGUUCAAGUAUUUAACCUUCAUCAAGUUUUUCCUUCUUGUUUUUAAUACUGGAUUGCACUACAAACUUUGGAGAUCUGAGGCAUGUCUUUAAGAUGAAAUAGUAAGUCCUUCCUGGACCCUAAAUAAGAAUUAAAAAAUACCCAAAACCAACCACAACAAAAUCACAAACCCAAAAGAAAGAAGAAAGUCAAUUAAAUUUCACAGUUCAAUUUCCAAACCCCACAAGUAGAGGGGUAAAAAAUGCAGUAUGUUGAACUAAUUUUAUUUUCGUCGAAUUUUCAGGCAUUUCUUGAUCAGUGGGGUUUCCUUAGAUCUUGGAUUUGUCCUUCAAAAUUAUGACAAAUUUAGAGGAUGUUUACUUUAAUAUUUUUUCAAAAAGUAUUGUUAAUGCCUACUUACAAUAAAAAAGUCUAUUUUCAGUUAAUUAAAUGUUUCAAUGAGAUGGUGCAGAAUAUUUGAUACCAGGCAUUAACUCCAAAUUUGAAUCAGCUGGGACUUGUGGCAUCUGUGCAUUAAGCCUGGGAAAAGCAAGUUUGCUUUCAGAUGGGCAAUGACAGUAUUUGUAGCAAAAUUUUCUGUGACUUUUUUGCAAUUGGUCAUGCAAACAGAAUUGGAUCUGUAAUGUCAAAUAUGCAGUUGCUAUUUAUAUUUGCCCUUAUGUUCAUGGCUUCAAGUCAAAGAUCAUCAUAGCCUCCAUGUAUAUGACUGUUAAUUUUCAUUAUUCAUUAGUUUGAGAGGUUAAGAAAAGAAGUACUAAAAGAAUAUUCUUCUGUCUCUGACCCCAGGAAUGAUGAAGAACAUUCAGUACAUUCAAAGUCAGGGCUUUCCAAAUGUUUUUCACAAAAAUGUGUUAUUUUUUUUUUAAUAAGAUAUAAAAUAUUUUUAUCUUCUGGCACUAGGUAGCUUAAGCUGUGUUUUUGCAUUAAAUUACAAUUCUUUAAAUAGUAGGAACAAAACAAACUGUCCUUGCUGAGAGGGUUUGUAAAGUGGUGCCCCUGUAGUUACAGGAAACGUGUUACACUUUUAAUUACAGAAGCUAUGAUAUACAACAUUGUUCCUGCAUUUAAUAGAAUGUGAUGGAGUUUUUUCUACUAAACCUUGUGAUUUUUAGUACAAUGAUAUUUUAUAAAUAUAAAUGUCUGAUUUGAAAUGUAAAUUGCAUAGCUCUCUAAUGGAUGCUUGGUAAAUGCACAAGAGAUUUAGCUUUGAUUCUCAGGUACCUCUGAUGCAAUGGAGACGUGCUGGGUUUUUCUUCCCUGUGACACAACUGGAAUGUGAAGGAGCUCUCUCAUGAAUGACAAUAUACCCUCUGUAGUAAGGGGAUAUUGCCAUUGCUCUUACUGUUUCAAAUUGGGAAUGGCUUCAUUCUGACUUACUUCUUCUAGGAACCACAUAUGCUUUAGAAAAAUAAUGUUGAUCAUUUCUCUGAUUGCCACCUGCUGGUUAAGGAACAGGGAUUUCCCAGGCCUGCAAAAUGGGGGAUGAAUACUAUGUCAAACAGUUGAACUCAUUCCUGUAAUCCUUUGAGACAACCAACAGUUUCUUCUGUGUGUGCAAUUGAGGUUUUGGGGCUGUUUGGUUUUUAUAUAUGAAGGAAAUUAUGAUAAUUUGCCAAAAACUACAGAGCAUGCCUUUGCUUUUAGGGUUUUGGUGAGGCUUGCGUAGUUUGAUAAGGCAGUAAAGGAUUUCAGUUUUUCUGGCCACGUUGUUUUGGGUUUCAGUCAUACUGAAAGUGUGUUCCCUACAAGAGGCUGCUGCAGAUGUAGUGCUGGUUCAGCAAGGGAUGGAAAUGCCACCUGUGUAAGCAAGUCUGGGGCACAUGAGUGCUCCUGAAGGCCCUGAGGCCUCACUCUUUGGCUUUCCCAGUCUUCGCUGCAUCCUGCUCCUUGGCUUUCCCAGUCUUCACUGCAUCCUGCUCUUUGGCUUUACCAGUCUUCACUGCAUCCUGCUCCUUGGCCUCUGGCCUCUGGGGAUGCCUGUAGUGGGUAGGGGCUGUAGGACAGGACUGGCCUGGCUGGCUGCAGGGACUGCACACAGACUCAGAAGCUGGAGGCUGAGCACAGCCUGGCUGUCCCUCUGGGUAUUUGUGGAAAUGGGGUGUUGAGCAGGGCCGGUGUUCAAUCCUGCAGAGAGCUGCAGCUGAAUUUUGUGUCUAUUCAUGGCAGACCUCCUUGGAAUGUACUAACAGAAACAGGAGGGCUUGCAAAUUGCUUUUGUUGGUGUGUGAUGCUGUAUUUUGUCAUUCCUGUCACAAUACUCCUGCCUAGGUACUGCUAUUCACAGCUGUCAUGGCUUUAAAUAAGGUGGCAAAACAAUUUCUUUGUAAUUCUUGGUUCCAUUUCUCUUAAUGUUGAAUGUUGUCUUUGUAUUCCCUACUGAAGAUCCUCCUGUCAUAGGGAAAUUAUGUUACUGAGCUAAACUGAGCUCUCUGAGAUGGGGAGAACCAGUUAAAUUUUGGGGAUAGGCUGAGUUUAUAGACACACUUUGAAUUUCAUGUGCAAAUAAAUAGACCUCAGAAAGGCAGAGUGUAAAUGAAGUGAAGAACUGACAUGCUCAAAAAUCAAGAAACAAGCUGAUGUUAAUAUCACAGUGUUGGUUAUAUGGCUAACUGUAGGAUGGUACUUUGAAUCAGUUUCCUUGGCAUAAGUUUUGAGUUAGUUAUCAUUUCUGUUCUGGCUGUCACAUGCAGCCUGUGAUUUAACAGUUAUAACUCCAGUAGCAUUUAUGUGAUUCAUAAAUUGUUGUUAUGCAUUUUUCCCUGUCUAAUCCACAAUUUCAUUAAUGUUGUAUUUUGUUUUACAUGAUCAUUUCAGGGCAUGAUUUCUCAGGGAAAUAUGGAUGAUACCAUAUGUUGUGAGAGCCAAUAACUAAUUCCUGCUUUUAAAAUCACUACAAACAUUUCCAGGUUUCACUCAAACAUUUCACAUCAUGUAACUUCCAUGUUGAAUUUCCUUAGGCUUGUCAGGUAAAUCAUGAUGAGAAUGUUAAGAGCAUUUAAAGAUGUCAAUAAAAUUUACUCUGCCCAACACUUUGUCACUUUUUGGAGAAACAUCCAUUCUAAGGUGAUGAAAUGUGUGUGAUUUUUCUACUUAGUUGUCCUCUUUGCCAUAGAAGUGAAUAGUUACUCUGCUGAUUUUGAAGCUGCAUUUCUGGCUUGGCAGUGACAUUAACUUUCAGGUUUAGGCAGUGCUGUAAUAAUAUAUAAUCUGAUUCUGGGAUAGAUCAGUGUAAAUCUUCAGCAUAAAUGUAUUAAUUUAUAUAAUUAAAUUUUUAAAAAGUCACAUCACUUUGGGGGAUCUUUUGUUUGUUUUUCCAGUAAAGUUACUUUGGCCACAAUGGGAUCUGAUCCAAUGCCCACAAGAGUCAUAGACAGCAUUAAUAAAGUAAAACUUUAUUGAAAAGAACUCUGCAGUCAGGUUGACCUUUAUGCCUUUGCAGUAUUUCUGUCUGCAGCAUGUCUUUGGAGUGGUUUGCUUUAAGACCUCAGUAAUAUAAAGGAGGGAUUUUAGUGCUGGUAAAUGUGGUAAACACACUGCUGUUACAGUUCACAAAAGAUAUUUCCACAUAGCCAGUAUGCAGCUUAAUUAUUUAGAAGGUGAAUUUGUCUUGAUUAGUGACUUUUGUUUAAAAUCAGCAGCAUGAGAAAUAUUAACCCCUGCACUUUGCAGUACACUUCUUUUGUCCAUAGUGAGAACAUGUGAUCAUAGUCAUCAGCCUUGAGCAUCAGCUUCCUCUUGAUGAUUUCUGCUUUGACAUUUCCAUUUCCAUGCCCUGUUGCAUUCAUUGCAAAGUGAAUUUCCUCUCUAGGUAAAGCCAGUGUAAUUGUAUUUUGACUGCCCUAGUCCUCUGUGGUGUUAGAAAUCUGACAUAAAAUAUAAAUCUGACGUGUGAUGUGACUACUUAGAGAUCUGUGUUCUCACUCUUGUCAUUACAGCUGGUGUUAGUAGGUAACCAGACUUUUUCUGGAUAUGCCUGUCAUGAUGUGGAAUGCAUCUGGAAUUCCAUCUGGCUUUCACUUCCUACUUUUAAAAAGCAUAAAGGGCUUUUCUCUGAGGAUUUUUGUAAAAAGCAGCUGUUUAGUUCCACAAGUUCAGAGUCCUUUAACUGCAUCCCAGUUUAUGAAGUUGCAUCCAAUAUUCCCUUUCUUUUAUUAAUGAACUUCUUAAGGUUUUUUCAGGAAAGGUGCACAAAUUUUCUUUAUGUUCCACAGAAGAAAUAACUGGAUACUGAAAUGGCCUCAGAAAUAAAAAUUCAGGGAUGUUUAUUCUAUAGUUCUUAACAUAUGUUCCUGAUUUUUUGGCCUCUUUUUUUUUUUCCUUUUUAAGAAACCCAACCAAAUAAAACCAAUUAAACCCCCUUACUUACCAAGCUGAGGGGAAUUAGCCAUUUAGCACAGAACAAAUUUUAUUAUAUGCAAAUGAUUGUAUUUUUAUCAAUUGUAUCAGUCAAUGUGUCAUUGAUGUGGCCAGUCCACAAGUCUUCCUUGUCUGAGUCACAGGUGAUGCUUCUCUUCUGUCUAAAUCUGACCUCUUGCAUACCAAUUAAGUUAGUGCCACUGCCAGAAUGAGUAAUUUCUAAAAUAUUUUAGAAUCUGCUUUUUCCUCUAGGUAGGGUAACAGCAGGGGCUUUCCAACCAAUGUCACUUUCAUAUCGAAGAAGAAGGAAAAAACCCUAAAAAAAUGUAAGAGAGAAAUGUUAUUUAAAAAUCAAGAAUAUUAGUAGGAAAGUAGGAAGCAUAUGCUCUAAAAUCAUUGGGGUAAUUUCUUGCAUAGCCCAAUUUCACACAGGCAGUAGUUUAUUGGAUUGAUCUCUGGUUGGGUAUUUUAAAUAAUCAUUUCAUAUUGAAGCUGAAGGCUUAAUUUAAGCCCUGUGAUUGUUUAAAAAACAUCAUGGAAAAAAAUUAUAAUUGGAGACUUAGGAGGUACUUUUUGUUUGUGGUUUGGUUGUUUUGAAGUCCAUCCAAUGCAGCUACAAAGGAAUGCUCUGUGAAUUGGCACUCACGGGAGGCUGUUUACACAAGGCUACGUGGAAAGUACAGCCAGGUGUUGGAGUAAUUCCAUGCAGGUAAUUCCAUUACCUGCAUGGAAUUAGAGAAAUGUACUAAGUGUGAGAUACACUUCAGCAUUGUAGAGCUGAGGGGACAUUGGUAAUGAUUUAAAAUUCAUGGAAGGUCUCUUUGGAGUAGAUACUAGUAAAACAAAAUCGGUUUUGAAAUUUUGAGUUCUGAAACCCCUGACACCUGAGUGCAUUAAAAGAUGCACAAAACCAGUUGUAGUUUUGAUGGUUGUUCUGGUGUUGCAUUUUGGACUGACUUUCAGGGAAUUCUCAGUUACACUUUUAAAGGGGAAGCUGCUUUAACUGAAGAGCUUUCACCUGAAGAAAACUUUUUUUUCCCCCCCUGAAGUCUGUAGUUUGCUGAUAAUUCAGAUGUUCUGGGAGCACAGCAAAUUCCAGAUAUCCAAGUAUCCUCUAUGAAACAUCUUUAUGCGUCAUCUUUUAACCAUUUUCCUUAGUGAAAGCAGAACCUGAAUUGCUGAUGUGUAUAGCAUUUGCACUUGAAAACCUGAUUUCAGAGUGUGUUAAACCUUGAUCUAUUUUUGAUAAAAAAGAAAUGUAGCAUUUUAAUCUAAUUUCCAUUUAAUGGCAAGGAUAUUCACGCAGAGAAAAACAUAUAUCAGGGUUUGAUGCAGUGAUUUUUAAGCCAAGAAAACAGCAGGAUGGCAGUGGUAAAUCUGAAAUGGAGAUGCAUAUCUCUUCAGAAAAUCUGGUUUCCUCUGCCCUUUUUAUACCAAAUUGUGUCUCCAUUAUUCCAGGAUAAUGCAGCUGAAGCAAGAACCAGAGCUUUUACCCUUUGUUCUCUGAAAGUGAACACUGGCUUUUGCCUGGGGUGUCUUUGUCCUGUCACUUCAUUUUGUGAUGGGAGGUCAGUUAAAUAAAAAAAAAGAUAGAAUAUGUAUUUUUAAUUAAAAUCAGAUUUAAGCUAUUAAUUAUUUUGAAAUUCUCUAUAUUAGUAGAGAUCUAAUGAAUGGAAAUUGAAGUCCUAUAUUGCAAAUACUGAACAGUGCUUAUAUAUUUUUAACAAACCAGUAUAUAUAUGAAUAUUUGGAACAUGCAUGAAGGUGGAAAUUGGAAGAUUGUUUUUAUGUUUAAAGGGUUUAUAAAUUGAAAUUCUUGAUAUCCAGUACCAAAACCCUAUAAAAGGGCUAAUAAAAAGAAAAUGUAAUGUGUUCUGAUUAACAGCCUGUGUAAUACAAUCAAUGGGUGUGAUGUUUUUGUUCUGUAUUAUAUUUAUUAUAUGUAAGUAAACAAUAAAGAUUAUAAAUCUUAUUUUCUUAACAGGAA